ACACUCACGUUCCAAUGCCAAAAUAUCCGGUCAAUAUGGGACCCAAGCGUCAAGUCAAAUUGUUUCAAUCCGACGCAACUGUUGCAACUGAGCUACACAAACACCGCUCUGAAUAUCCUGACCAACCUGAUCUUCGCCAUACUGCCCGCUUUCAUGCUCCGUGCCCGCGCCGCGGCGUUCGUCAAACUAUCCAUCCUCCCCAACUACGGCCGCACCGGCGACUUCCUCUGGGACUACGCCGAUCUCACCAUCUGGGUUGUCGUCGAAUGCAACACAAGCAUAAUCGCCGGCAGCCUCCCCAACCUAAAACCUCUCUUCAAACAAGUCCAGGGCAGCUAUGGCUCGCAAGGCUCCGACUCCCACUUCCGCUCCCACUCCCACUCCCACUCCCGCACAGAAACUACUCCCGCGGCACGCGGCACAAACUGCGCUCCCUGUCGCGGUAGAACCAGUCCUAGCUGCAGACGCUGGGUAGCGGCAAUUCCGAUAGGGUCGCUGACGUACCCCCGUGGCGAGGGGAGGAACUCGAGUGAGGGGCGUAUCCUGCCGUCUGAAGGGGAGGGGAUUAUCUGUGUGACUGAGGUUAGGGCGUCGCAUUCGUAA